GGGGGGUACAGAUAGGUGGGGGGGGGGGCGCUGAGACCCUGAAUUGGGUCUGGGGGCGCCCCAAAGCGGCCCGGGGGGGGGCUCGGAGCCCCUGAGGAGGGAGCGGAGACCCCCGGAGAGCCCCCGGCCGGCCCCCGCCGCCUGCCCCUUACCCUAAGGGACCGGGACACCCCCCCCAAACUCGCCCCCUUACCCGGGGGGGGGUCCACAGCCGACCCCGGGGCCUGCCCCCCAUUUGGGGGGGGUCAGGAUCAUGGCCUGGGCGCUGAAGCUGCCGCUGGCGGACGAGGUGAUCGAGUCCGGCCUGGUGCAGGACUUCGAUGCCAGCCUCUCGGGCAUCGGCCAGGAGCUGGGCGCCGGGGCCUACAGCAUGAGUGACGUCCUUGCCCUGCCCAUCUUCAAACAGGAAGAAUCAAGUUUGCCUCCGGAGAACGAGAACAAAAUUCUGCCCUUCCAGUACGUGCUGUGCGCGGCCACGUCCCCUGCGGUGAAGCUCCACGACGAAACGCUCACCUACCUCAACCAAGGGCAGUCAUAUGAAAUCAGGAUGCUGGACAACAGGAAAAUCGGGGAGCUGCCAGAGAUCAAUGGGAAACUGGUGAAGAGCAUUUUCCGGGUGGUGUUUCACGACCGGCGCCUGCAGUACACGGAGCACCAGCAGCUGGAGGGCUGGCGGUGGAACAGACCCGGGGACAGGAUCCUGGACAUCGAUAUCCCCAUGUCCGUGGGCAUCAUCGAUCCCAGGGCGAAUCCAACACAGCUCAACACGGUGGAGUUCUUGUGGGAUCCUUCCAAGAGGACCUCGGUGUUCAUCCAGGUUCACUGCAUCAGCACGGAGUUCACCAUGCGGAAGCACGGCGGGGAGAAGGGGGUGCCCUUUCGGGUGCAGAUUGACACCUUCAAGGAGAACGAGAACGGGGAGUACACGGAGCACCUGCACUCGGCCAGCUGCCAGAUCAAGGUCUUCAAGCCCAAGGGAGCUGAUCGGAAGCAGAAGACCGACCGGGAGAAGAUGGAGAAGCGAACGCCCCACGAGAAGGAGAAGUACCAGCCCUCCUACGAGACCACCAUCCUCACCGAGUGCUCUCCCUGGCCAGAGAUAACGUACGUCAAUAACGCGCCAUCCCCUGGCUUCAACAGCUCCCACAGCAGCUUUUCCAUCGGAGAAGGAAACGGCUCCCCCAACCACCAGCCCGAGCCGCCCCCUCCGAUCGCAGAUGUAAGUCACACUUCAGAGCUUGUGCUUGUGAACCUCUUGCCCACGAGCACCCCGCAGGAGGCCCAGCAGUGGCUGCACCGGAAUCGCUUCUCCACCUUUUCUCGGCUUUUCCGAAACUUCUCAGGUGCAGAUUUACUGAAGCUGACCAGAGAAGAUGUUAUCCAGAUCUGUGGCCCUGCGGAUGGCAUCAGGCUCUUCAAUGCCUUGAAAGGACGGAUGGUGCGGCCCCGGCUGACCAUCUACGUGUGCCAGGAGUCCCAGCAGCUCAGGGACCUCCAGCAGAAGCAUGAGGACGGGGACACCGUCACCAGCACCUUCUUCGUGUACCACGCCAUUUACCUGGAGGAGCUGACGGCGGUGGAACUGACGGAGAAGCUGGCCCAGCUGUUCAGCAUCUCCUCGCAGCAGAUCAGCCAGAUCUACAAGCAAGGCCCGACGGGGAUACACGUGCUGAUCAGCGACGAGAUGAUUCAGAACUUCCAAGACGAAUCCUGUUUUGUUCUGGACACCAUGAAAGCUGAAACCAAUGAUAGCUACCACAUCAUCUUAAAAUAGAAGGAGACGGGAUAAGAGACAUCUGUGAUCCUUCUGUCACGCAUGAAGACCCCUCACUUCCAGCACAAGGACACGAGCAGAGAUCUGGACGCUCCUGGGCACCCUCUCAGCCCCGAGCUGUUGGUUUCUGGGCUGCCUUUCUGGCAGGGGAGCGCCUUGCUCUUACAGCCUGCGAGCUGCCGGUGAUGGAAACGUGCUGCUUGGUCGCUGGAGCUGCGAGCCCGAGGUCACCAGGCUGCACUCUCCUGGAGCUCUUGGUAGAAAUUUGUCAUCGGGACCUAAGAUUGUGAGGGCUUUUCUCUGGCAAGCAUGCUCUGCUUUUCGGAGAGGCACCAGCUCCUGUGACGCUCACAGACAGGCAGGAAAACAUGAAUUGAAGUGGUCCAGCACACCCAGCUGGCCCUCUGGCACGUGCUGAGCUGAGCAGGUCUCACACACGCUGUGUGCUGUGCUGGCAGAGCGGUAGGCUAGGGCUGGGAGGGAUUUCCUUAAAGAUUUUGUUAAGCUUUCAUUUCAUAUUACAACGCAUCUGUUAGACAGAGGUGGUGACUUCUUUUUUCUCCUCUCCACCCACCCUGGAAAUGUGUGGCCGUGGUGCCAUCCUUCCCUCGCAGGUGUGAGGCUGUCACGAACUUUCUCUACAGAUUUAAUUCAUGUGGACGUGUAAAGCUGGAGCAAAACGUGGAGUGAAGCAAAGCUGGAUAAAGAAAUCGCUAACGAGCUCGGUCUGUGGGAUUCCUUUCUGCAUGUCUUAGGGGUUUCAAGGGAAAGGGAGAAAGACUUGGAUACCUUCAUUGAACAUUGGGGUGAUCUCUGUGUGCUGCCGUUUUCUGCCCCUGCGCUUCCCCUGCCUGGCCUCUGCGGCUGACCCAGCGUUGGUGGAGCCCUGCAUGCACUGAGGAGGAGUUAAAUGAGUUCAGGGGAUCUGAUGGAGACGAAAGUGCCUGUGUGGAGCUUCCCAGGACAGCGGCUGCGCCUCUGGAGUGAAGGGUCUGCUGUGUGCUGCGGUGAUGGAUCCUGCUCCCCACCUGUGAGAUGCCCUGGGUGACACCUGCCUGCCUCCUAACCCCGUGGGACUGCAACACCAGAGUGGUUUUGGCCAAAAAAAAGUAUCUUGGAGGGAAAAAUACAGCAUAAAGCAGACCUCUUGCUUUAAAUCGGGCUUCAGCAGCACCCAGAACAAGGCGGAUCCUGGAACAGGCCGGGGGGAGAAGGGAGGCAGCGGUGUGCACGACAAUCCCCUCACCUCCCUGCUGCUUCUGUGUUCGUAAAGCCAUAACCGAGCCUGUUCCCAGCCUGCUCCCCUGGCUCCUGGGGGCGGCUUCUCGGAAAUUGGAACCAAACCCCGGGGCUGGGGGGCGAGAAGCGAGGAGCCCCGGCACCCCCAGCACCCAGGGCAGGACCUGGGGCUGCAGCUCUGCAAACCCCCUGCUCCCCUGAGCCCCCAAAACCUCCCCCACUGCAGGGAUGGAAGGAGCCUGGGGGAUUUGGGGUAAAAACCCCUUUUCUCUGUGUUUUAAUUCAUCCUGGGCUAUUUUAACCCUGUUUUUUUUUUGUUGUUUUAUUUUUUUCUCUGUUAGUAUGCGCCAAGUGUAACGGAUGUGUACGGCAGCGACGCGGGCUCGGUAAACUUUUUGUAUGGAUGCUUC